GGAGCCGGCGAGGCGGCGGCGAUGCUGGUGGCAGGCGAGGGAGGCGCCUCCUCCCUAUUGGAUGAAGGCGCCUUUGCGGGACUUGGGCGGGCGUCAGUUGACUGCAUAGUGUGGCAGGCUGUCCUCUUCUGUUCCUUGUAAACAGUCUGAGGAGCUUCUUUUGCAGAGCAGCGGCAAGGAUGCGUUGCCCAGCCUAGCCCCUGGUCCUGCCUCUCUUGGGGGAAUCCCAAAAGCAAAGGAAGUAUUGGAGAUGAAGGCUCCUCUUGUAGCACUGGUUUUGAUGCCCUUCUGGGUCACAGUGCAUAAAUCAGAAGAAAUUCUUCAGAAUAAGAGAGGAGUUAACAUUUCAAAAGAGGAGACCCUGAACAAGAGUAAAAGAUUAACAGUUCAAGAUUCAUUUUCAUCAGAAGUGGAAGAGGAGGUGGAAAGAAAGGACAAAGGUCAUCAGUUUUAUCAGAGAAGCCUCAAAAUACUGAAGCAUUCCAAAAACAAAGAAGAUACAGAAAAAGCCCACCAGCUCCUUGUCAAAGCAGCAAAAAUCGGAAACCAGAAAGCUAUGGAGCAACUGGCAUCUGACAUGUUGUUUGGAAAUAAUGUUCCGCAAAAUGUAGAAGCAGCUGUAUCAUUGUAUGAGAUUUUAGCUGACGAAGGAUCUCAUAAAGGCCAGACGGCAUUAGGUUUCUUGUCUUCAUAUGGAAUAGGAGUGGAAUACAGUCAAUCAAAGGCACUUGUUUACUACACAUUCGCAAGUAAUGGGGGAAAUCUUAUAUCCCAGAUGAUCUUGGGCUAUCGUUACUGGUUAGGAAUCAAUGUUCCAAGGAGCUGUGAAGCAGCACUUAUUUAUUACAAGAAAGUUGCAGAUUACAUUGCAAGCAAAUUAGAAGAAAAUGAAGAUAAGCCAGUUGAAAAAGUGAAGCUGAUGGAAAGAUCAGAAAAUCUGGGUUUUGAUACAGAAAUCUUGGACUGGGAUGUACAUCAGUACUACAAGUUUUUGGCUGAAAGAGGAGACACACAGAUACAGGUGUAUCUAGGACAGCUGCAUCUCUUCGGAAGGAAAGGACUCGAGAGAGAUCAUGCUAAAGCCUUCUACUAUUUCCUAAAGGCAGCGAAUGCAGGGAAUUCACAUGGUAUGGCAUUCCUGGGAAAGAUGUAUUUAGAAGGAAGUGCUACAGUGCCUCAGAGUAACAUUGCAGCUUUGAAGUAUUUCAAAAUGGCGGCAGAGAAGGGCAAUUCCAUUGGACUAUGGGGGCUUGGACUUAUUUAUUUACAUGGUAAAGGUCUUCCACGGAAUCACAGUGAAGCUUUUAAAUACUUUCAUAAAGCAGCAGAGAAGGGAUAUGCCCAGGCCCAAUUUCAGCUGGGCCUUAUGUAUCACAAUGGCUCUGGAGUCAAGAGAGAUUACAAACUUGCCUUCCAAUAUUUUUACUUGGCAUCUCAAAACGGGCAACCCCUUGCUGUUUAUCACUUGGCUGAAAUGUACGCUACGGGAAUGGGAGCUUUCAGGUCAUGCCAGAAUGCUGUUAAACUUUACAGAACCGUAUGUGAACUGGGGAGAUGGUCAGACAAAUUCCUGACAGCACACUUUGCUUACCAGACUGGCAAUGUUGAAUCAUCUCUUGUUCAAUAUGCACUUCUAGCAGAAAUGGGCUAUGAAGUAGCUCAGUGCAAUUCAGCUCACAUUAUGGAAUCUGAAAAUGUUAAACUUCUCCACCAAGAGCAGAUAUAUCCAUUGGCUCUUCUUUUAUGGAAGCGGGCUGCAAAUCAAGGCAAUAUAUUUGCCAGAGUUAAAACGGGAGAUUAUCACUUCUAUGGUUUUGGAAUAAAGAGAGAUUACUUGACAGCUGCGGUUCAUUAUAACCUUGCUGCUAAUCAACAGAGUGCUCAAGCCAUGUUCAAUCUGGCAUAUAUGUAUGAAUAUGGUUUAGGCAUUCCUAAGGAUAUACACUUAGCUAGAAGGUGGUAUGACCUGGCAGCUGAGACAAGCCCAGAUGCUUUCAUACCAGUGUUCCUAGCAUAUAUAAGACUAGAAGUGAUGCACUUGUUCACAGAUCUUCAGCUUCUCAAGCAAAUGGGAAACUGGAAACUGUCGGACUUGGACCACAUGCUAAGACUACAUUGGGAUCUGAUUGUGAUGAUAGUCAUUGUUUUGUUGCUUAUACUGUUGAUAAGCAGUAGGCAAAAUUAAACAGGAGGGGUAUGAAAGGUCUGUGAAAGUCCUGUUCAUUUUAUUCUUUUGAUUUUAAUAUAGUUUUCAGCACAAAUAUUACUUUAGUCUCUAUUCAGCAUUAAAAAGCAACAAGUCAAAACCUAAUAAAAUACGUUAGUAGUACCACCUCCCCAUUGAAGUGUAAACAAAACACUUUUAACUGAAACCAAAAGCCACCUGACUCAUAACCUUGCAAGCUGUGCCUUAAAAAACAUGUAUAAAUAGCAUAUUUGUACCAAUCUUGCCUGGAAAUAGUAUUUUCUAACGUCACUCAGUGCUCAUCCAGAUUUCCCUUCAUGCCACGUUUCUAGGCACAGGUCUGGGCUUUAAAGCUCAGUGUUGAAGUGUUUGUUUUUCCCCCAAAUGCUUUCCCCAGGAAAAUCUGCAUUUUACCACUGAAUCAGAGCAAUCAUGGCAACUGGGUUUUCUACAAUUUACCAUUUGCUCCGAUUCAGUGGUAAAAUGCGGGUUUUCCAGGGAAAGUGCCAGGUGGAAAAAACCCUCAAACCCACAUAAAAGUCUGGAUGAGCUCAAGUGUAUGUAGCUUACUUUCUUCCAGUCAUCAAAUAUUCAUCUUAUUUUCCUGGGCUGUUUCUCUGCAUGAACUCAACCUUUGAAAGCUUCAGUUAAGGUGGAGGUCCCCAUAGCUUCUUAAGUUAAAUUUCUUAUGGUCGUAGUGUAUUGAAAUCAUUUCCUCUUGAAGGCAGCCUCUCACCACCCUCCUCUGCAAGCUUCGAAAGAAACUUGCAAAACUUACAGUGGAAUCCUAUGCAUGUCUGUUGAGAAGUUUGUUCUCGUUGAGUUCCGUGGAGCUUAUUCCCAGGAAAGUGUAAGCCUGCAGCUUUAAAAAUGGGUGAGGGUGUGGGUGGAAAUCAAGUUAAUGAGACUGUACUGCUGAGAU